AAGACAAUUUCCGCCCUGGUAAUGUGAGUUUUCAUCUGCAUGGGGCCCUGCCUUUGCUUUUCACCUUCCUGCCUUGGAGCCUGGAGCUGGCUGCAGGAAGCAUUGCAAGCUCGGGACAUUGGGACGACUGGUGCAUAUUAAAAAGUGAGAAACCCGGGCCCACUUCCCUCCUCUGCUGACAGGCUUCAACCUGAUGUCUCCCACCUCCUUCCUCCAGGAGAAGCUGCUCUGAAGGGAGCGUACCUGCAGGGGACGGUACUCUCCACCCCUCCGGCAGAAGCUGUCGCCCCUGUGCAGAAGGGAAUUCAAGAGUUAUGUGGUCAGGAAGGGAGAGAGAGCACAAGUGUAUAACCUGAAGUCUGGGGCAUGACGAUGGGAAGAGUGGGGAAGGGAGUGGGGACACCUGAGUAACUACCCUGCUCCCAGGAUCAAAUAAGGCUGCACCAUGGCAGCUGAGGAGGAACCAUCUCACACCAUGAUGAAAUCUGAGCUGAGCUAUGCGGAAGAGAGCAAGGUGCGUGAGGAGGCCAAGCUGCUGAUGGGGCCUGAGGCUGACUGGGAGAAGUUCCUUCUGCUAGCCCCCAUCACCGUUGCGCUGCUGGGACAGCUGGUGUGCAUCACUGUGGAGAAGGGCGAUUUCUCCAUCCAUGGCAAUGCCCCUAGCAGUGGGUACAAAUACUUCAGAGAGCCUGAAUCCUUCAAGGUGUGCUUGAAAGAAGUAUGUGACAGAGUGUGGGAUGCCUUCCAGCUGGGCAUGGACAACGCCACCCUGAUCAGCCUGCAGUUGAAGAAUGUCCCCAAGAAGAUGGCAAAUCUCAUGCAGGGUUUCCUCCAGGAUGCAAACUUGAGAAAGGACCAGCUUGUGGCACAGAUCGAGGGCAUGCAGGAAAAAGUACAUGAGUGCAAGACCCUGGCCAAGGAGGUGAGGGCCAAGUUCUCAGAACAGGGAGAUGCAUUGCAAGAGCUGUAUCAGGCCUGCCUAAAUGCCAGAGAGGACUAUAAGAAGGAAUUGGAGACAAUGCAGAAAGAGCUUGAAGGGGCAAGGAUCCAGAUGGAGCCUGCCAAGUGUGAACAGAACCGCGCUGAGCUGACACAUGCACAGUUGGAAGAUCAGGAGCAGGCAGCCUUCGAGGAGUUUGUGAAGGCAGUGAAAUACAAACCCAGCAUUCUGGAUGCUCUUGGAGCAAAGGGAGAGACUCAGUUGAUGGAACAACACACCGCUAAACUGGAGAAGAACCAAGAGAUGCUGGUUGGGGCUCAGCAAGAUAAGGAGAGCAGCUACCAAAGGAUCAAACACCUGAACAAGGAGAUGGCAGAACUCCAGUGUGCUGUGAAUCGGUGUGAGCUGGGGGAAAGAGAUUUGGAGGGGUACGUCUCCUCCCUGGAAGAAGGACUGGAGGCCUUGAGGAACCUGCAUCAACAGUGCGUGAAGAUGGUGCAGUUCUUCCAGAUGAUCUCCAACCUGGUGGACUUCUCUCUCAACUGGCACAUCAGGGAAUGCUUGGACUCGGCUAACGACCUCCAACAGGUCACACAGGCAUUCAGUGCUGUCAGUGUGGCUCAGCUAGUACAAUUGAUCUCCCAAACCUAUGCCACAAUAGUUGAGAGAUACCUGAUGGAGCUACUCAGCCAAAUGGGGUGUCUCCUGGGUAAGGACUGUUCCAGUUUCCACACUGAGAAAGCCCAGCUGGACAGAGGAUGUGAGGAUGCCCAGGAGGCCCUCACCAGGCUGGUGGGGGAGAUGAAGGGCAACUUCCAGAGGGACCUCAGCACCAGGCUGGAGACCAUAGAGAAGGUGAAACUCAAACUGAACCCCUGAGCUAGAGGGGGAGCUGAGAGAAAUGAGUCAGUGCCUCACUGAGGUCCAAGCUACUAGCCUGAACCAAGCAAAACUCCACAAUCAAUAAUUUUCACAUCUUCUUUUGGAUGACCUCAACCAGCCAGUGCCUCAAAGGUUGCUUUGGUAAAGCUCCAUUUAUCUCCAUAUCAGCUCUUGGAGGAGAUGAGAAGGGGGCCUGCAUGUUAGGACUAGAGAAGGACUGUACGUUUCAGUCUACAGCCCCUUCAGUUCUGAAUGUGGCCAGGUGUUAAGACUCCCAUCCACUUGCUCAAAUUAGAAGAUCCCUCAAAGGUAACUCCCAUCCAACUUCAUCCCACCAAGCUAUUAAACCCAUUAAGGAAGGGCCUUGAAGCAGGCCACUGCAAAGCAGCUUCUGCCACCUGGGCUUAAUUUAGAAGAAUAUCAUCAGCAGAAAGGAAUUGGACCUUUUGUGGGGCUAGGGAAAGGGGUUGGCAAUCAGCAGAUGGGGUCGUUUCUCAUGGGUGUUCCCCAACAGGAUGGUGGAAGCCAGAUGGGACAGGGGUGGAGAAUGAAGAACCCUUGAACCAGAGUGCCCCAUGGGAAAAGCAGAAUUGUGAACCCUGCAAGGGUGCGCUCAGGCUGAACGGAGCCAGCUGCGCUGUGACUGGGUCAGGUCCAUCUGUGGACACUACCCUGCCCCCUUAGCCCCUGCAGGCAUAGUGUAUCUCCAUCCGUUGUUACCCCACGCUCCCCUGCACCAUGCUGCUAAGAAGACUCUGGAAAAACUUGAAUGAUCAAGGAGGAAUGCCAGCUGCCAAAAGGCAGCCUCUUGCCACUUAGCACUUGCUAAGAGCAACUGGCUGGGCCAAGCCAGAAGGAAGAUCAUGGGCAUGAGUUUGCUGCUUGUUGUCUCAAUAGUCCUCAGCAUUUCACUGUAUUCAGUAUGUUCAGUGCUUCAGGGGCCCUGCCACAUGUUCAAACAAAAAUCAGAAACCAGCUAUGAAUCUGUUACACGUUUUAAAUCACUGUGUAGCCAGUUGGCUUGUUUUGUAUCUUGAUAGACAUUUUUAUGGCAUGAUAAUUCUUUUGCACGUGUAACCAGUCUUACUUUGCAUGUGUGUCAGUCUAAAUUGAUUUCACAAUUUAACCAGUGAAUUGUGUAAUAUAGGUCACGUGUGGUGAGGGCCUCCGCAACCACAAGAAUUAACUGCUAAAGCAACCUACUGGUUGAGGGAAGAGAAAGGGAAAGAGCAAGGACCCCUGGGUUUCGAUUCUCGUGGUUGGAGGCAGGAAAGGGAGGGACUGGGGAAUCCACAUUACAGUAGUCGUGGCUGAGAUCUGGAUUCCCUACAUGAGGUGACCAAAUUGAUUUGAACUUCAGUACAUUCCUGUCUCAACUUGUAGCGCUGAGUCAAUAAACCUGACAUGACAUGAA